AUGGGUGAAGAAGAACCGGCUUCACUUGAAGGUCAAUUUUUCGAGUUUUCUAAGAUGAUGGAUAAGAAAAGAGACGGAACAACAAUAACAUUAUAUAAUUCAGAUUUUUGGAUGAGGCAGUGUAAGCUUUUGGAUGAUAGAAAAAUAACGAUGACGGAUACUGGGAUACUAUUCAAUAAGUUCAGUAAGUCAGAGUUGAACUGGGAUGAAUGGAACGAGUUUUUGACGGAACUGUGUGAGUGCAAAGGUCUAGAUGAAGAAAAAGUUCGCGAUACAUUGACUAACUGCGGACUUCCCGGACAAACGCCAGUCGUGGUUCCACAAUAUAGAGAUUUCUUUUUAACUUACAAGCCGAAAGAAAAGUUACCUUUCUGAUGAUUCAAGUGUGUUUAUACUCUUAUUAAAUGUAAAUAUAUAGUAUUUAAAUUA